UUCCACCUCGCGAGGGAGGGAGGCAGGGAAGGAGGGGAGGAGACGGUCCCGCGGGAGAGACGGAAUGGCCCGGCGAGGGGGACUUGGGCGCUGCUUUCCCCGGGAGCUGCCCCCGCCCCUGCGGCUGCCGCGAGGGCUGGCCUGAGCAGGGGCUCCAGGCUCUCCCACUGCCGCCCAGGGCGGCCCCCCGGGGCCGGGGCAGCGGCGCCGGCAUGUCGUCCGACACCAUGAAGUUCAAUGGCUACUUGAGGGUCCGCAUCGGCGAGGCCGUGGGGCUGCAGCCCACGCGCUGGUCCCUGCGCCACUCGCUCUUCAAGAAGGGCUACCAGCUGCUGGAUCCCUACCUGACGGUGAGCGUGGACCAGGUGCGCGUGGGCCAGACCAGCACCAAGCAGAAGACCAACAAACCCACGUAUAACGAGGAGUUCUGCGCCAACGUCACCGACGGCGGCCACCUCGAGCUGGCCGUCUUCCACGAGACGCCCCUGGGCUACGACCACUUCGUGGCCAACUGCACCCUGCAAUUCCACGAGCUGCUGCGCACCGCCGGCGCCUCGGACACCUUCGAGGGCUGGGUGGAUCUGGAGCCGGAAGGGAAAGUGUUUGUAGUAAUAACCCUUACAGGGAGUUUCACUGAAGCUACUCUCCAGAGAGACCGAAUCUUCAAACAUUUUACCAGGAAGCGCCAAAGGGCUAUGCGAAGGCGAGUCCACCAGAUCAAUGGACACAAGUUUAUGGCCACGUACCUGAGGCAGCCCACCUACUGCUCUCACUGCAGGGAGUUUAUCUGGGGAGUAUUUGGGAAACAGGGUUAUCAAUGCCAAGUGUGCACCUGUGUCGUCCACAAGCGUUGCCAUCAUCUAAUUGUGACAGCCUGCACUUGCCAAAACAAUAUUAAUAAAGUGGAUUCAAAGAUUGCUGAACAGAGGUUCGGAAUCAACAUCCCACACAAGUUCAACGUCCACAACUACAAAGUGCCAACGUUCUGCGAUCACUGUGGCUCCCUGCUCUGGGGCAUAAUGCGGCAAGGACUUCAGUGUAAAAUCUGUAAGAUGAACGUGCACAUCCGCUGCCAGGCGAACGUGGCCCCGAACUGCGGGGUGAAUGCGGCGGAGCUGGCCAAGACUCUGGCUGGGAUGGGCCUCCAGCCCGGAAAUAUUUCUCCGACCUCGAAGCUCGUUUCCAGAUCAACCCUAAGACGACAGGGAAAGGAAGGCACCAAAGAAGGAAACGGGGUCGGGGUUAAUUCUGCCAACCGGCUUGGUAUCGACAACUUUGAGUUCAUCCGAGUGUUGGGGAAGGGCAGCUUUGGGAAGGUGAUGCUUGCAAGAAUCAAAGAGACAGGAGACCUCUAUGCCGUGAAGGUGCUGAAGAAGGACGUGAUCCUGCAAGAUGACGACGUGGAGUGCACAAUGACAGAGAAGAGGAUCCUGUCCUUGGCCCGCAGUCACCCCUUCCUCACCCAGUUGUUCUGCUGCUUUCAGACCCCUGACCGGCUGUUCUUUGUGAUGGAGUUUGUAAACGGAGGUGACUUGAUGUUCCACAUUCAGAAGUCUCGCCGCUUUGAUGAAGCACGAGCUCGUUUCUAUGCGGCAGAAAUCAUUUCGGCGCUCAUGUUCCUACACGAGAAGGGCAUCAUCUACAGAGAUCUGAAACUGGACAAUGUGCUGUUGGACCACGAGGGUCACUGUAAACUGGCAGACUUCGGGAUGUGCAAGGAGGGGAUCUGUAACGGCGUCACCACGGCAACCUUCUGCGGCACGCCCGACUAUAUUGCUCCAGAGAUCCUCCAGGAAAUGCUCUACGGGCCCGCGGUGGACUGGUGGGCCAUGGGCGUGCUGCUCUACGAGAUGCUGUGCGGCCACGCGCCCUUCGAGGCGGAGAACGAGGACGACCUCUUCGAGGCCAUCCUGAACGACGAGGUAGUCUACCCUACGUGGCUCCACGAAGACGCCACGGGGAUCCUGAAAUCCUUUAUGACCAAGAACCCUACCAUGCGCUUGGGCAGCCUGACUCAGGGCGGCGAGCAUGCCAUCCUGAGACACCCUUUCUUUAAGGAAAUAGACUGGGCCCAGCUGAACCAUCGCCAGCUAGAACCACCCUUCAGACCCAGAAUCAAAUCCCGAGAAGAUGUCAGUAAUUUUGACCCUGACUUCAUAAAAGAAGAGCCUGUUUUAACUCCAAUUGAUGAGGGACAUCUUCCUAUGAUUAACCAGGAUGAGUUUAGAAACUUUUCCUUUGUGUCUCCAGAAUUGCAACUGUAGCCUGAUGGAAUGAGAGAGGUGGAUCACAAGGGGAUACAGAUUUUUCCAGGAAUUUCCUUGGUGGGGACUCCCCAGCAUCAGCCUUAGAACGGGAACGUUCACGUCAGGGAGCAGGUGGUGAACGCUGAAGGACGGCACGUCAAGAGAGCAACUAUUCCAAGCCCUGAGGGAGCCACAGCACUGGAGACAGUUAUAGCGAAGUGAGAGUUCAUGAAGAAAUACACUGUUCAGCCUGUGAGUUUCCAUGGCUAUUUCAGGCUUGGGAUAUUAAGAGGAACCAAAAGGAGAGAAGGUGUGAAGAAUAAACUGGAUCCUAGAAAAUACUCUGAGCCAAACAGGGACAAAUCAAGACUUUGUGUGGACCUGUCUGUGCUCUUCUUUAAGCUGGUGAGCCCCCAACGCUGGCAGCUGCGAGAAGUCUCUACACGCUCAUGAACAAUCUCCAGAUAAGGAAAUGGAUGGCUUUCCAAAUCGGGUGAUUUGCUCCAAAAAACAAAAAAUGGUAUGCAAAAAAUUCAUAACCUAAAGCUCCAUCUUGAAAACAUGUUGGGCACCAAGACAACAUUCCAACUGAUCCUCUUAUCUUUGCCUUGGUAUUUAUUGAGCGCCGCUGAGACGGUGCCGCAGUAUCGAGCGCCCAGUGGGCUCCGGUGAAGAUCUGCGUUCACCGAGCUUUCAUUCUGCAGCCCAUUCAUUUACCCGAACGGUGUUUGCGUCCGUGAGAUGCCUCGCCAUGUUGCAUAUGUCCUACUUCUUUGUCUGUACCUAACUCUUUUUUCACACAAGGCUCACUGCCACAACAGCAACUUCUCCACACAAUCAGCAGAUGAACUAGAGGUGCUGGCUGCCUGCUGACUGGUGGAAUCUCACUGUGGGGCAACGUGUCAUUACUGCUCUGGACUCCUCACUGAAGAACCGCAUGCCACUCACGUCAAUGACCGGACUUAUGGCUUAUACGUUAGCAGUUUAUUUAAGUUAUAUUUUAAGAGAUGGAGAUGUUUGUUUGGUAUGCAUUCUAAUAAUUAGAAAUGGCUCUUGUAAAUGGGACAUUUAUCAAAGAAGGACCUUAUGAUAUAUACUCAUAUACUGUAUGCAGUUGGAGAAUUUUAUCUGUCUGGAAAUAAAUGCAUUUUGUAGCAAAAAGAAA